AUCUGAGAGUUGUCUUAUAUCAUCCAUUUCAAAAGGGAGUCAAAAGUUCUGUGAUUUUGUUGCAAAAGCGUAUCUAUAGACAUUAAUAUCUCUCAACUCUCUAUACACAAAAUCGCUCUAUCGUCUGCAAACACUGGCUAGAUACACCAAAGGAAUAUACUAGUGUGUUCAAGGCCUUAGCGUCCUCCAAUGAAGUUAGCGUCCUCUGUUUGGAAAUGGCAUCGACAGAAUUUAACAAAGCAGAAUUUGGAAAGCUAUAUGUAGAAUCCAGGCGCCAUUAAGGCUGCGAUAAUUAAUUUUAUUUAAACAUAUUGCUGCUUUUUUAAAAUGAUAAAUACGCAGAGAUAAUAAAGGCAAUCCCUUAGGUGGCUUACAAAUGUACAUCUGUGUUCCGAGAUGAAGCAUGUUUGAAAGUAUGAAAAUGGCGAGAAGAUGUUGUUAUGUUUAUAAUGAACCUUGUAUGUGUAAUAUUUGAGUUUUGUGUAAACGCCUGUUAAUUGGUAUUGUCAAACCUGGAAUAUAUCUGUUUCAUUUUGGGCAUGUUCUUAAGCUGUGAGAACCUGACCAAGUUCAAAACGGCGUCAUAAUGUUCGAUGCUUUUAGAAGGGCAUUUCUCUAUUUCUUUGAUAGAGGAGAGGAGCUAGUAAACAGAGCGACGAAAAGGCAGUUAGAAUGUGAUACUGAUGAAGAUGUGAUUUCACCAAAAUUUCGGAAGAUUGGUAGCCCAAGAUUUCAUCACACUCCUCUCACUUCACUAGAUUUCCUGGUUCCGGCUGAAGUAAGGAUGAAGAGAGCUAGCAGGACUUUGCAGAAUGAGCUGUCCCUUAUACGGGGUAGAGGUGCUGAAAUGUCAGCAAGAAAAGCAAGCAAAGAAAACAUUUCCUCUCAGGAUGAUGAUGAUGAGUGCAUUGUUGUAUCAGAUGAGGAGAAUGAUUGGGUUCCAGCUUCUCCAAUCCCUAAAGCCAUUUCUAGGCCAAAACUGAAACAAAAACCUGUACAGGGUAUAUCAUCUGAUGCCAAUAAUUCUUCAGCAGAUGUAAAGAAAGAUGAUGAUAUUGAAGUCUUGAAAACAGUGAAAUCAAAGAAUGAUUGCCCCUUGCAUUUUUCAACUCCAAGAGAGGGACUAUCUAUAAUUAAUAAAAGAUUUUUUCCAUCUGUGAGAAGAGAAGCUAGCAUCCAGUUUAGACAACAUCCUGUGAAGAUGAAGGAAUCGCAUAACAGCAAACCGAAAAAGAGAUCUGCACUUGAUGAGAGUAUACGUCUUGAUGAAAAAAUGCAGUACUCUCAACUUUUGAAACAACAAUGUUCUUCAUCCCCAUACUUCUUUGGCAGCUGUGCAGAAAGUUCACCAAGAAAAACAGCAAGUGAUAAAAUGACAAAUGAAGGGUUAUCCAAAAGUAAAUCUGUAGUAGAUAUCAUCGAUCUUACUGAAGAUGGUACUGAAGGUGAAAAGACAAGCAAAGGCAGAGACACAGAUGCUAAGAAGCUAGGUAACGAAGACCUUGAAAUCAUAGAGGAGAAAACUUCUCAGUCGAAGAAGGAGAGCUAUGGAAAGGUUUUUAAUCCCUUUAAAAGUCAACUAUUCUGCACUAACUGGAUAUCUGCAGAGAGUGAGCUGUUUGACUAUGUUGCUAAAGAACGUGAAAGAAGGGCGGAAGAGAAGAGAAUUAAAGCUGAAUUAUAUCGAAAGAGAAAUAAACAGUUAUAUGCUGAUAUUCUUGAAGAACGAAUUCGUAAUCACAUGAAAAUAACUGAAGCAAUUUUAGAAGAUGAGGUCAUUGUUGAAGAAGAGGAAGAAGAAGCAGCCCUUCCUAAACUGACUCCGGAAAUUGAGAGAAGAGUAGCCUCCGCUCUAAGACCUGAACCACAGUCUGAAGUUCUUGUGGAAGCUUUCAGUCUGAAAAUAACGAGGCAUGAUAUUUGUACUCUUGCAGGUACAAAUUGGCUUAAUGAUGAGGUUAUCAAUUUUUAUAUGAACUUGCUUAUUGAAAGAGGAAAGAAGAAUAAAUAUCAACCAGUAUAUGCGUUCAACACCUUCUUUUAUCCAAGGUUGCAGUCAAGUGGCUAUUCUGCUGUGAAAAGAUGGACAAGAAAGGUGGAUGUAUUUGCCAAUGACAUAAUUAUAAUUCCUGUUCAUCUUGGUGUCCAUUGGUGCAUGGCUGCAAUAAACUUCAAGAAAAAGAUGAUAUGUUAUUAUGAUAGUAUGGGUGGCAACAAUGAUGUUUGUUUGCAGUUGUUGUGGAACUACUUGGGCAGUGAAAAAAUGGAUAAAAAGCAGCAAAAGUUCAAUUAUGACGGCUGGAAGACUGAAAAUGUGAAGAGAAUACCACAACAGAUGAAUGGCAGUGAUUGUGGUGUCUUCUCGUGUACAUAUGCUGAAUUUAUAUGCCGUAAUGCAGCAUUCCGGUUUUCUCAGAAGGACAUGCCAUACUUCAGACGUAAAAUGGUGUAUGAAAUACUUUCCAAGGAGUUAAUGAUGUGACACUAAUAGAUCUAUUGCGUGAUAUAUUGACAGUGCAUUUCACACAAGCUUCACAAAUUUUCUGACUGAUAGGGUAAUUAAAUUAAUUUAUUUGUGUUUGUGCGUAUUGUGAUUCAUUUUUUUUUGCAGGCUAAGCCGACAAGUAAACUGAAGAACAGACAGUUUAUGAACCUGAGCCUAAUGUUUUAAUUUUUUAUUUUUCCCAUUCCUCACUUUUUCUUAAUGAUAAAGAAAAUUCAUGAGCUUUGUUGUGCAUAGAUGGGAACUUUUUGUAUUAUUUCUUAAAAUACCAUCAUGGUUAAUGGACAUUAACUGUAAUUAAUGUGUGGAACAAUAAAGAGCUUUAUUUUUCAUUGGUAUAUUCGGAUGAGCUCCACCAUUAAGUCUGUCAUGACAAUGCUUGCCGAAACAUUGUACAUGCCAGAUAUUGGACUGAAUGUGAUAUUGUAAUUGAGCCAUAUGUAUCCAGAGAAUUAUUCCUGACUUUAUGAAAUGAAUUAAUAAAAUUUCUUUAUAUUUC